UUGCCCCCUUUCCUUUCCUCAUGAAACUAGCCACUCCAAUCCUUUGACAGCACCUCCCCCCCCUCCCGCCCCACCUACCUCUGCUGAGGCCUUAGAUCGUGACAACAUCUAUCUAUCUAUAUUGGUGCCCUUAAAAAGGGGGAGGGGGUGGAUGAAAAUGAAGCCAUCCGUCAGCAUGGUUCCCAUGGUGGGGGCGACAAACUACCGACGAUAUAUUCCUCCUCAAAUGUCUCAGAAAUGGAGAGCGGACCGUAUACAAAUUGUACUUGAUCUUUUUCCAUCCCUGCAAGAAUUUGUCAACAGGACUGUAAAAGAAAUUCUGACCAUGGCCUCCCCAUCAUACUUCCAUUCGGAGGACGAGGACUCCCUGAAAGGAUGUGAGAUGUACGUGCAGAAGCAUGGCAUCCAGCAGGUGCUCAAAGAAUGCAUCGUGCACCUCUGUGUUGCCAAGCCGGACCGGCCACUGCGGUUCCUUCGGGAGUACUUCGAGAAGAUGGAGAAGGAGGAAAACAGGCAGAUCUUGGCUCGGCAGAAGUCAAACUCACAGUGUGAUUCCUAUGAUGAUGAGAUCUCCCCAACACCUCCGAACCCUGUGGUAAAGGCACGCCGCCGGCGGGGUGGUGUGAGCGCCGAGGUUUACACUGAAGAAGACGCCGUCUCCUACGUGAGGAAGGUCAUUCCCAAGGACUAUAAGACCAUGACUGCACUGGCUAAGGCCAUUUCCAAGAAUGUGCUCUUCUCACACCUGGAUGACAACGAGAGGAGUGACAUAUUUGAUGCCAUGUUUCCUGUCACCCACAUCGCUGGGGAAACAGUCAUACAGCAAGACUGGAGACCCCACCUUCUCUUUCUGCUUUUUCUUUCACAGGGCAGCACGCUGAGGAAACGCAAGAUGUAUGAGGAAUUCCUCAGCAAAGUCUCCAUCCUAGAGUCCCUGGAGAAGUGGGAACGCCUGACUGUAGCUGAUGCCCUGGAGCCUGUGCAGUUUGAAGAUGGAGAGAAAAUCGUUGUCCAGGGGGAACCUGGGGACGACUUCUACAUCAUCACAGAGGGCUCUGCUUCCGUCCUCCAGCGACGAUCCCCCAAUGAGGAGUAUGUGGAAGUGGGGCGCCUUGGGCCCUCUGACUACUUUGGGGAGAUUGCCCUGCUGCUGAACCGUCCCCGUGCGGCCACCGUGGUGGCCCGGGGUCCCCUCAAGUGUGUGAAGUUGGACCGGCCUCGUUUUGAACGCGUCCUGGGCCCCUGCUCUGAAAUCCUGAAGAGAAACAUCCAGCGUUACAAUAGCUUCAUCUCCCUCACUGUCUGAGCUUGCACUGCGCCUGCACCCUUGUGGGGGCUCCCACUGUGGCCCUGUGACCCACUCCCCAUGCCGGGGGCCUGGGAGCUGCUGGUUAACGGCUAGGUGGGGCUGGUGCCUGGCACGGAGCCUCUCCCUUCUCUGGACUCACUUUUGAAAUAAAUAACCAUCUCGUGCAUUUUAAAAACAAA